UUUCUUGAUUAUAUUGUUGGUAGUGCUUGUUUAUAGAAAACACUCCACGUGAUUGAAACAGGUUAAAAUUCAAUUGAAAUUUAAGUAAAAGUCCAUUAUAAUUAUGUCAUUUUUUAUUCGGAAUAAACAAAGUAGUGGAGGAAUUAAAAGAAAGUUUAAUAAUCACACACACAUUAACACAAAGAAAAAGAAGAACGUGCAUAAAUCUAUACCUGAUGAUAAUGAAAGUAUUGCUAGUACAGAUGAAGAACUUGCAGAAGAGAAUCAGAGAAAUGAGGAAUAUGAAAGCGAAGAAGAAGAAGAAACUCCUCAGGAGAAGCGUGUAAGACUUGCAAAGAAAUAUCUUCAACAAAUUGAAGAAGAAGAAAAAGACAGAGCAGAAUUUGAAGAAGGGGCAGUAACAAGAAGAUUACAUGAGGAAUAUUUAGAAGAAAGAGGAAAAUUAAGAAAAACUAUCGCUUCAAAUUAUGUCAAUUAUAAUGAACCAAUUUUUCUGAAAUGUAAAGAACAUAAAAGUUCAAUUACAUGUUUAUGUCUCUCUAGUAAUGGAAAAUUUUUAUAUUCUGGUUCAAAGGAUGGUGGUUUAGUGAAAUGGUCUUUAAAGGAUAGAACGAAAUUAGAAACCGUUAAAGGAAAAAAGAAGUCACAGGAUGGGAUGAAAUGUGUACAAUGUUUAACAAUUAGUACUGAUGGUAAAUUUUUGGUAGCAGGAGAUAGUGGUUCAAAAUAUAUUCUAGUAUUUUGUGGAAAUACUUUAAAACAUAUAAAAAACUUACAGGGCCAUAGAGAUAGUGUUACUAGUUUAGUUUUUCGUAAAGAUACACAUACUUUAUAUUCUGGUUCUGCAGACAGAAGUGUUAAAGUAUGGAAUUUAGACGAUAUGGCAUAUGUUGAAUCUUUAUUUGGACAUCAAAAUGGUAUUACGUCGAUUGACGCGCUUGCGCGAGAACGCGCUAUCACUAGCGGCGGUUUCGACGGAACGAUUCGAAUUUGGAAAAUUGUAGAAGAAUCGCAACUUAUAUUCAAUGGGCAUAGUGGUAGCAUUGAUUUCGUGAAACUUAUAAACGAAGAACAUUUUCUUAGUUGUGGAGACGAUGGACAAUUAUGCGUUUGGGGUUGUUUAAAGAAAAAGCCUUUGUGUUCAGUAUUGGACGCACAUGGAAGAGAUGAAAGUAAUAAUCAACCAAUGUGGAUUUCGAGUAUAGCUACUUUACUCAAUACAGAUCUAGUCGCAUCAGGAUCACGGAAUGGCAGUAUCAAAUUGUGGCAAUGCGGCGACGUCUUCAAAUCAUUAAAUCCAUUAUUUUCGAUUCAUCUAACUGGGUUUGUAAAUGCGUUAUGUUUUACUCCGGAUGGCACUCAACUUAUUGCUGGAAUUGGUCAAGAACACAGGCUUGGGAGAUGGUGGCGCGUACCAAAAGCAAAAAAUGCUAUUGUUAUAAUACCAUUAAUUCAAACAAAAACUAAAUAGCUUGUAUUAAGUUAUGAAGAAGAAAUGAAUUAUACAAUUGUAAAUUAAAUUUAACUCAUAAAAUAAAUAUAUAAUUA